AGCGCAGGUCUCGCGAGGCUUGGGCGCUGCGGCGGUAGGAGGAGGACGGGGAAGGACGGAGCGGAGCCGCGGCUUCCUCCCUCGCUUACUCCCUCGCGCGCUCGCCCGCCCCCUCCCUCCCUCCCCUCCCUCCCCCUGCCCUGGCUCCGGCCCCGGCCCAUUAGGCGUUCGGUCUUCUGCUAGGGAGGAUGUCGGGCCCGUCGCUCCCCAGCGCCCUGGCCCUCUCGUUGUUGCUGGUCUCUGGCUCCCUGCUCCCAGGGCCAGUCGCCGCUCAGAACGAGCCAAGAAUUGUCACCAGUGAAGAAGUCAUUAUUCGAGACAGCCCUGCCCUCCCUGUCACCUUGCAGUGUAACCUCACCUCCAGCUCUCAUACACUUACGUACAGCUACUGGACAAGGAAUGGGGUAGAAUUGACUGCCACUCGUAAGAAUGCCAGCAACAUGGAAUACAGGAUCAAUAAGCCAAGAGCUGAGGAUUCAGGCGAAUACCACUGCGUAUACCAUUUUGUCAGCGCUCCUAAAGCAAAUGCCACCAUUGAAGUGAAAGCUGCUCCUGACAUCACUGGCCAUAAACGGAGUGAGAACAAGAAUGAGGGGCAGGACGCCAUAAUGUACUGCAAGUCAGUUGGCUAUCCCCACCCAGAGUGGAUCUGGCGCAAGAAGGAGAAUGGUGUGCUCUCAGAGAUUGGCAAUGCCUCUGGUCGCUUCUUCAUCAUCAACAAGGAGAAUUAUACAGAGUUGAGUAUUAUGAACCUCCAGAUCACAGAAGAUCCCGGAGAGUAUGAAUGUAAUGCUACUAACUCUAUUGGCUCCGCCUCAGUGUUCACCAUCCUCAGGGUACGAAGCCACCUGGCCCCACUGUGGCCUUUCUUGGGAAUUCUGGCUGAAAUCAUCAUCCUUGUAGUGAUCAUUGUUGUGUAUGAGAAGAGGAAGAGGCCAGAUGAGGUUCCUGACGAUGAUGAACCAGCUGGGCCAAUGAAAACCAACUCUACCAACAAUCACAAAGAUAAAAACUUGCGCCAGAGAAACACAAAUUAAGUACUGCUUAUAAUAUCUUUAGGUUCCUGAAACUGGUGGCAUCAUGACCUGCUAAAUUUUCUGCUUGGACCUCUUUGGUCUCCCUUUUCAAAGUGAGCAACACCACAAUGACCGUCUAAAGCAUGCCUUAUUUAGCCUCUCCUAUAAGGGUGACCUAGCCAGGUACAUUUUAAACAGUGCUUCAGUGUAGAAGGUGUAAACUAUUUUGGGCUUGAUGUGCUGUGAAUGUUGCUUUCUUUCCUUUGUUAAAAUAUUUAAAUAGAAGUGAAAAGGUCCUCUGAGGACCAGAUCGUGCAUGCGCCAUUUUUUACUUAAAGCAGCUGUUAAAUUGGCAAAGCUCUAAAAUGCACUGCUGCCAUCUAGUGAUACAUUUUUGUAAAGUACUCAAAACCUACAGAUAUAUACAAUAUAUAAAUAUAUAUAUAUAUAUAUUUAUAUUUUUUGGGGUGGGAGAAAUCCAAAAUAAAAUAAAUGCUUGUUUCAUGUUUAAAAUGCUGAUAUUCAUUCCUUAUUGUAUGUUGUCAGAUGAGGAAAUGUGCAGUUAUGGUACAUAAAGAUAGAUAAUUUAUAAAUUCUGAAGUCUGUAAUUUUAAGGGCUUAACCUACAACUUUAAUAAUAUGAUGGAAUAGUCCACUGAAGGGAUAUAAUGAAUUGCAGUAUAUAUGUAUGAUUGCUUUUAAGUGACUAUUUUUUUCUUCUGUUAAAUCAUGUAAAUUCUUAAAUCCUUUUGCACUGAUGUAUUGAACUAUUCUUGUAUAUUCGAUCAAGGCAAAUUUUAUAAUUUACCUUUUGUUUUCAAUGACCUUGAGAUGUUAUAGCAUGGUGAAACUAUGCAACUCUAGUUAUACUUUUUGGUUUGACACUAUUUUUUCACAUUGAUUAAUGGUUGAUGGUAGAUUUUAUAACCUGACCAGGUUCUCAUGCAGUACGUAACUAUAGAUGCAUGUACUUGUGUUUUGUGUAAUUGUUGAAGUGCAAUGAUGUAUUAAAAAGUGGAUUCACCUGUUUUUAACAAUAAAACAUUGACAAAAGGUGUUUGGAAUAAUACUCUUUACUAUCUUUAACUUUUUAGGAGAAAGCAUUUUUCAAUACUUUAGAAGUUCCUUAGGUUUAUGCAUUUACAUAGAACAUUAAUUUCUUAACCCCGUCAGCUUUUUAAGUUCCUUUUCUACCUCAUCCACAAAUGCUGGGAAGUUUUGAUCCAUGAGGCACAAGCGUAGAAAGGGGCCCAACUCUUCCACACCCCAGGCAGACUGUUCAUAGACAAAGGGCAGCUCCUCCGAUGCCAGGAUAGACUGCAGGGAUACCAGAAGAAUAGUUUAUUAUAGGAGAAAAAGUAAAACCCUGAAUAAGAAAACACACAUACCAAAGAUUAGUUGUUAGCUUUACAAAGAGAUAGUUCUACUGUUAAAUUCACCAUUUUGUAUUUAUAUUUUCCUGAAUACAUAGCAAAUAAGAUUGUAUCCUUAAGGAAAGUAUUUCAGACAUGUUGUUCAAAUGAUCUGUAAAGUUGAGAUCUUGCUAAUAAAUACUGUGUUGAUAUUGUGUGGACUGACAAGAAACCUAUCAAUGGAUAUAGUUGUAUAGCUUAGUUCAUCUUCCCAUCACAUAGGUGGCCAAAUGGGUGGGAGUAGUUCAUCAUGUGGAAGCUAGUUUCUGAAGGGAAGAAAGAGGGUACAAACUGAAUGCCCAAAGGACACAGUUAGCUCACACAUGUCAUUUUUCAGCUAUAUAAGGGAUCUGAUAAAUAGUCAAAACAAAAUACAGAACAUUUCACAUCCCCCAACAUUCCCUCAUUUUUGUCAAACCCUUAAUAUAGGUAACCACUGAUCACCAUGCCUUAUAGUUCUGCCUUUUCCAAAAUGGCAUAUACUCUAAAUGAAAUCAUAGUACGAAUGGUACCUGCCUUACUCUGGGUCAGCUUACAAAUUUUGUACUUCAUGAUGAUAAAUAAUGUAAUACACGUUAAGUAUACUUCACGUUUUGAUCUCUACCCAGGCAGUGGUAAGCAGUGAGCUGCAGCUCCCCAUCACUCAUAGGAUCACAAGGGGAAACCACCAACAUUCUAUAGUGUACAGUAAUGUGUUCUGUAGAUCAGGUAUACUAAAUGCAUUUUUGACAUAGGAUAUUUUCAAUUUACAAUGGUUUUCUCAGGAUAUAACCCCAUUGUUAAGUUGAGGAGCAUCUGAAUGAAUCUGUCUUCUUUCACUUAGCAUUAUGCAUUUGAGACUAUGUUAAGUAUAUGCAGAGUUUAUUUCUUUUUAUUGCCAAGUAUCUAUUGUUUGGAUGUACCAGUUUGCUUAUGCACUCUCUGAUUGAAGACUGGGUUGUUUUGCUUUUUGCAAUUAUGAAUAAAGCUGCUAUAAAUGUUCAUAUACA